CUACUGCUAGAGCUGCUUGCCUCGGGGCAGACAUGAAGACAAUAUUGGCGCUUAGCAUUUUGAUUCUGUUAGAUCUAGAGGUAGCGAGCCCACUCGGACCGUGCGGCUGCAAACCGGUGUUCGAGUAUUGCGCCAACGACUACACCACGUACCACAGCAUCUGCGAGUACAAGUGCAAACAUCCCUCCACCCCGUUCUAUGACUGGUAUAUUCUGUACGACGGGCCUUGCAUUUCUACGUCGGAGACUACAGCUGAUCAGAGUACUACAACUGUGCAGAGUACUACAACUGUGCAGAGUACUACAACGGGGCCCGCUUCGCGGCAGACACGAACAGGGACAAAACGAAUCAGACGGCAAGCAAGCCCACUCGGACCGUGCGGCUGCAAACCGGUGUUCGAAUAUUGUGCCAACGACUACACCACGUACCACAGCAUCUGCGAGUAUAAGUGCAAACAUCCCUCCACCCCGUUCUAUGACUGGUAUAUACUGUACAACGGGCCUUGCAUUUCUACGUCGGAGACUACAACUGAGCGGUGGACUACAACUGUGCGGAGUACUACACCUACACCCAGACGGACUACAACUAGAACUACAACUGAGAACUGGAGGACAAUCGGUGAUAACAUAAAUGGAUGA